AUGUGCAAAGAAGACGAUGUUGGGAAAGCUGCAUCUGUGAAGGAAAAAUUAUUGAAUGAUGUGUGGUGGGAUAAGAUUGAUUACAUUUUGUCUUUUACAUUGCCUAUCUAUGAGAUGCUUAGGUUUUGUGACACUGACAAACCAUGCCUUCACUUAGUCUAUGAAAUGUGGGACACCAUGAUUGAAAAGGUGAAGGCAAGCAUCUUUAGGCAUGAAGGGAAGCUAGAUCAUGAGGAAUCAAUCUUUUAUUCCGUUGUGCACAAUAUACUAGUUGAGAGGUGGUCCAAAAGUAACACUCCUCUUCAUUGCCUUGCACAUUCUUUGAAUCCAAGGUAUUAUAGUUCAACGUGGCUUGAUGAAAAUCCCAAUCGUGUCCCUCAUAGGGAUGAAGAAAUUUCAAGUAUAACAAACAAGUGCUUCAAGAAAUACUUUCCAAAUUUAGAGGAGAGAAUGGUUGUCAAUGUGGAAUAUGCCAAGUUUUCAAGAGGUUUGGAUAUGUUUGGAGAUUUUGACUCAAAGAUUGAUAGAGUAGUAUUGGAUCCACUUAUUUGGUGGUUUACACAUGGGUCUCCUGCUCCUAUGCUUCAAUCUUUAGCAUUAAAAUUGCUUGGCCAGCCAUGUUCCUCAUCAUGCUCUGAAAGGAAUUAGAGCACCUACUCCUUU